CCGGCUGUCAAUUGCGAGGAGGAGAGAAACAUGGCUCCGAGAUACGAAUUGUGUGUCGGCCUGAACAAGGGCCACAAGACCACGAAAAUAAAGCAGCUGCAGUAUCGCGGUGAUCGUAAAGUCAAAGGAAUUCGCCCGUCCCGUUUGAAGGGCAUUCAAACCAAGCGCACCAAAUUCGUGCGAGAUCUCGUCCGCGAGGUCGUUGGCCAUGCCCCGUACGAGAAGCGUGGUAUGGAAUUGCUGAAGGUGUCGAAGGAUAAGCGUGCGCUCAAGUUCCUGAAGCGACGCCUUGGCACGCACAUCCGCGCUAAGAGGAAGCGUGAGGAACUGUCCAACAUUCUGGCCCAUAUGCGCAAGGCUGCCCAUAAGUAAACGGUUCUCUUCGUUGGCCGCGGAGUCUGAAUCAUUUCCAAAAGUUGUGAUUCGGAGGGUGAUGGUUCAGCAAAACGGGCAUGCAACAACAAAAGAACAGCUGCUACCGUGAAACGUACGGAACAUUGCUGCACCUGCAUCUGGUUCGUUUUUGUGUAAGGAUUGAAACAUUCUUAAGGAAUAAAAUCAUAACAAGACCUUA